CCGGUCUCCCAAACGCCGUUAGUCUCACCAAUGUACAGAGCUUUUUGCACUGUUGGCAGAUGAUGGCAUACACGAAGUUGCUGGUGAUGCAGGGUAGUGGGAGCGUCCUUUUGGGUCUACAAUAGGUUAAAGAAGGGUCCACAUACUGGCAUUUCAUGCAGCGCGUACGGUGGCAAGGUUCUGUUUUGCCGGGGUGGACCCUGGGGUGUAGGACGAUUGAUGAGGCGUUGAUCGAACCAGUUGAUCGGUGACGGAUUUAUCGCGACGGAAGGCACGUAUCGGUGCGAUAUCUUUGAAGAUGCUACUGGUCAGGGGGUCUUGUUGCAGGGAUUUCUACCGAGAGAGUUACGACAUGAUCUACCACAAUACACUGGGUUCCAAUGCUGAGACAAGUGGUCACUUCACAUCAUGCGAUGCGUAUGAUUCUCCUGUUGCGAUCAAUAAGAGUGAGAUUGGCACAGGCGUCUACAACAUGGUUCCUUCCCCCGAAGUGGUCGAGCAGAAAUGCUCGAUUUACACCGGAGAGGGUGCCUACAUCGACCUGGGCGAUUUCGCUGGGACCUGCGUCUCUGAUCCUGUCGUGUGUGCCUCAGAAAGCGUGACCUGGUAACUAUGGCUCAAGAUCAACUCGUCGACAAGUUUCACCAGUGAUAGGUAUUUUGUUUCAGUGGGAGGACGUACUUGGAGAGGACGGGGCAUCACCUUCCUGUACAGGAACUCGGAGAACAAAUUCUUGUUCGGAGCUCGGAGUGAAUCGUGGACAUACUAUCUGAAGUACGAGACGAAUAAGAUUCCGAUGGAUAGAUGGUUCCACCUGGCCGCUACUGUGGAUCUGUCACCAACAAAUGCACUUGUCUUGUACCUGGACGGCAAGGAGCUUGGCAGUUACGAUGAUGAAACAGAAAGGAUUUCGCCAAAUGAUGGAUGCACCAAGCUGAUUUUAGGCAACGCCAAUCCAUGCUAUGAGCAUGGGAUCAUAUCAUCAUCUCUGACAUCCGGAGGUUCAGCAGCCUACAGCAAUCUAAUGGUAUUUGAUCAUCUCCUCACCAAGGAACAGAUAGCCAACCUCUACGCCUGCGGGUCACUUGAUUGGGACCUAAAAAUUCGCAGCCUCGAUAUCGAUAGCACCUACAAAUACAGCGGAAGUCUUCGCUAUGUUUGCACGGCAAGCGCCUCUACUGGACCCACUAUUUACUGGAGCGUGUACCACCAUGAGCGAGCGCAGUGGCAGGACCUGGGCCGAAACUCCACCGAGGAAGGCUGUGAGAUUACCCCGACCAGUUUCUCACCGUGCGUGGUGCAGUCUGCCCUGGUCAUCGAUCAGGGACACGGACCCAUCGCUGAGGGCGACAUCAUCAGCUGCACGGCAAACUCUGGCUCAAGGAACGCUUCUUUAUCUAUCCGCCAAGGAAAGGAAGCAACAAUUGGUUUGUACAGUAGCCAUGAAAACGCAGCAUUGUUCGUUGCCAACACUGGGCAAGAAUACCACAAACGUUUUGACAGAAGUGGAGAGGAAUGGGAGAACGGCAGUCAUCCGUUCAUUUGCACGAAAGCUCGUCGCGACAUGUAGAUUUAUGGGCUGCUUUUCUUUGUUGUUCACCUUAGUUCUGCAUAUAUACGCAAUCUUUUAAUGGCUUAUCUGCACGUAAAAAAAGAUGACUCUACGUUGCACCAAUUACCCGCGAAACUGACAGAUUUUCAAGCGCUCUCAUCGGCCAAUUUAUGUGUGACAACUUACAGGGGGAGUCGAAAUAGUGCUACGUGAUUGGUUGUCAAGCAAGGUUGUGACGCUCUUCACAGUGCAGUGUUAGGUCAAUGUUGGACGGGCAGCGGGCGGCGUAGU